GUCACCCUCCCUUUCAGUGAUUUGCAAACCUUUUGCAGGCAUGCCACAUUUUGAUAAACAAAGAGCUGCUGCCUUUAAUGUUUAAUUGAGAUUACUUUCAAGUGUACAGGGUUUUUGUUUUGUUUCUUCUUUUACGCUUUUAAAAAAUAUCUGUGAACCACCGGUGACCCCAUCCCUCCCUCCAGAUUGGGGAUGCACCUACCUAUCCCCUCCCUCCUUGAGAUGCUGGUUGGAGAGAUAAGACAUAUGCAGGUGCUAAGUUGUAAGACUAGAAGCCCCUGGAUAUCACCCGUUGGCAUUUAUUCAGUACUUUGUGUGGCAGGUUGGGUGCUUGCUGUUGGGGAUAAAAGAAGGAGGCGGCUCUGUCCUUAAGGCAUCACAGGGCCAGGGCUUUGUGAUGACUGAGGGUCAUAAGGUUGGGCCGUAGGGCUCAGGAGGGGCUGGAGGGGUCAGGGAAAGGUUCUAGCAGAAGGUGAACUUGAGAAAGGCCUUAAGGAGGGGCAGGGUGUGAUUAAAGGGUAGAGGAGAAAGAAGGGCUUGCCAGUAGGGGAACGCUGGCUUGAACAAGACUGUAGAGGGGUGGAUGCUGAAGUUGUGGGAAGCCAGUUCAAGGUCCAGUGUCCCUGAGGUUGGGGGCCGCUGAUCCUUGGAUCCCCCACCCCUGACUCCUCUCUCUGCUUCUGCUUCCCCAGGGACUGGUGACUGCAGCUGGAAGUGCCCAUGACAGAGCUGGCGUCCUCGGGGGGCGGGUCCCCUGCGGGGGACGGGGAGGAGGGUCUGGGGGACGAGCGAGGCCUGGUCAUCCACCACCCCGCGGAGGAGCAGCCUCACCGCUGCCCCCUGUGCGGCCAGACCUUCUCGCAGCAGCCCAGCCUGGUGCGCCACCAGAAGGCACACGCUGGGGUGGGCCGCGCGGCCGCCUUCGUGUGCCCCGAGUGCGGCAAGGCCUUCAGCGUCAAGCACAACUUGGAGGUGCACCAGCGCACGCACACCGGCGAGCGGCCCUUCCCCUGCCCGGAGUGUGGCCGCUGCUUCAGCCUCAAGCAGAACCUGCUCACGCACCAGCGCAUCCACAGCGGCGAGAAGCCGCACCAGUGCGCGCAGUGCGGCCGCUGCUUCCGCGAGCCGCGCUUCCUGCUCAACCACCAGCGCACCCACGCGCGCAUGCCCGCACCGCACCCACGCCGCCCCGGCGUGUUCGGGGAGCGGCGGCCCUACUUCUGUGCCCGCUGCGGCAAGAGCUUCGCGCGCGAGGGCUCGCUCAAGACCCACCAGCGCAGCCACGGCCACGGGCCCGAGGGCCAGGCGGCCCAUUUAGGCCGCGUGCUAUGAUGCGCGCCAGGCCUGCCGCCGCCGGUUUCCUGCCCCAGAGCCGCAUCCGUGACUCCAGGAGAUGGCGCUGGGCUGCGGCCCCCGUCCUGGAUUUGAUCCUGAGAGACGGGGAGGGCUGGCUUGGGGUCUUGAAGGAGUGGGCCGCUGCCCCGCUUGGGCCGCCUCUUUCCGAGUCUUCUCCACCCUACGGCUGGUCGUCCACAGCUGCUUUGGGCCCCUGCAUUGGUUUUCCUCCUCUGGCUCACCCGGCCUAGAGUAGAUGUGGAGUGGGCAGGACCUCUGGGCAGUGUGUGAGGCACAUCUGGGCACAGAGUCUAGGAAUGGGGCCCUCUGGAGCCCUGCCCACCGGCAUGAGGACAUAUCCCCUAAGAAGACCUACCUCGGGAGGUGCCCUGCAGAGGGGACUGAUGCAGCCUGGAAUUGGAGGCCGGUUCUGUGCCCUGGUGGAAAAACUCCCUGAACCAGUUGGGAGUCAUGGCCAGAGAAGAGCUCGUCCUGGCUGCCUGGCCACAGACUUCCACUCUCAUGUGGCAGCAGGGACAGUGCCUGUGUGGAGAGCCAGCUUCUCUGUGCCUGCCUGGCCCAUCAGAGACAGCAAGUAACUGGCCCAAGAGAACACAGCAAAGUCAGCAGGAGGCCUGGCUCUAGAGGCGAAGCCUUUCCCCCAGGUGUGAACCAUACUUUCAAGGCUCCACUUUCCUUUCAGAGCAAUGGUUCUUAAGACUUUGGGGGUGUGAAACCCUUGGGAAAUCUAGCAAAGGAUAUGAACCUUCUCCCCAGGAAAACGCGCAUACUCACGUAGACAUGAGAAUCUACAAACAAUUCUAGAGCUCCUGGACUCCUGGCUGAGAAUCUCAGCCCCAGGACAGAACCUGCCACUCUUUCCUUACCUACGAUAGAUCCCUGGGUCAGGGCCACCCCACAAGUAGCAUUUCUCCCUCCCCCUGCUGAACUUCCUUCCCUCACUCAGGAAUAAAGAAUUCUGAGGAGGGGAUCCUUUUAGUCGCUCUCUUCUCCCAGGCCUCACAGGGCCACAGGCUUCUGGAACCUCUCUUCCCUUCCACAGACGUUGCUGGAGGCUCUCUGGGCUGGGUUUGCUCUUCUCUGGUUUGGGGUUGCUUGCUCUGGCUGCUGGGUUUCACCAUGCCUAGGAUCCCUGGCCCGGGCUCUGAUCUCACUGUGAAAGCGGCGGGGAAAGCAGGGAGUUCCAUGGUGUAGGGUGUGC